AUGUUGUCGAGAGCUUGUUUGAGAGGCUUCGGCCUGCAGUCAGUCCCAAAGACCCAAUCCUAUCAGCUAGCUCGCAGAUCCGUUACUACCGAUGCUGCAAGCUCUCACGCUGAGAAAGAAGAUGUCCCCGAGGAGGAUGACAAGCCCUUCCAAGUCAAGCUCUCCGACGAGAGUUUCGAAACCUACAACCUCGACCCUCCCCCAUAUACCCUCGACACCACCAAGAAGGAGUUGAAGCAGAUGUACUACGAUAUGGUAUCUGUACGUCGUAUGGAAAUGGCUGCCGACAGAUUAUACAAGGAGAAAAAGAUUCGAGGUUUCUGCCAUCUGUCCACCGGUCAAGAAGCAGUCGCAGUUGGUAUCGAACAUGCCAUCACUAAAGAAGACGCCAUUAUCACAGCCUACAGAUGUCACGGUUUCGCCCUGAUGCGUGGCGGAACGGUCAAAUCUAUCAUCGGUGAACUGCUCGGUCGUCGUGAGGGUAUCGCAUACGGAAAAGGUGGCUCCAUGCACAUGUUCUCUACCGGUUUCUACGGAGGCAAUGGUAUCGUUGGCGCUCAAGUCCCUGUCGGCGCUGGUCUCGCAUUUGCCCAACAAUACACCGGCAAGAAAAAUGUCACACUCAGUCUCUACGGUGAUGGUGCCUCCAACCAGGGUCAGGUUUUCGAGGCCUUCAACAUGGCUAAGCUGUGGAAACUACCCAUCCUGUUUGGCUGUGAAAACAACAAGUAUGGCAUGGGUACAUCCGCUGCUCGAUCCUCUGCCUUGACCGAAUACUACAAGCGAGGUCAAUACAUCCCUGGUCUCAAGAUCAACGCUAUGGAUGUCCUCGCCGUGAAGGCUGCUGUCCAAUACGGCCGCGAUUACUCCACCAACGACAACGGCCCUCUGGUCCUCGAAUACGUGACCUACAGAUACGGCGGUCAUUCCAUGUCCGACCCCGGCACAACCUACCGAACAAGAGAAGAGAUCCAGCGCAUGCGCUCCACCAACGACCCUAUCGCAGGCCUUAAGCAGAAAAUCCUCGAUUGGGGCGUUUGCACCGAAGACGACCUCAAGGCUCUCGACAAGAAGGCUAGAGAGGAGGUCGACGCCGAGGUCGCCGAGGCCGAGAAGAUGGCCCCUCCCGACCCAACACCCAAGAUCCUCUUCGAGGACAUCUACGUCCGCGGCAGCGAGCCUGCUUACCUUCGCGGUCGCACACCCGAUGAGACUCACUACUACUAA